CAUGGCCCACAGCAAUGAUUCAGCAUGGACUUUAGAGUUCCCUCAGGAUCUUCUCCAGUCUGCGGAGCGAACGACUCUUCUCUAUCAUCUGUGUUACCUGCGUCUGGGUAAAUUCCCAAACCUGGAGAGUCUGAUCAGAGGACAAGCUCUUGAAACACACCGGCUGCUCAGAUGCUCUGAGGCUGUUAUUAUGAAGUGUUUCGGCACGAGUUCCAACCUGGAGUCCUCUCUGUUCCCAAUACUGACGAAAGUCGUUGAAAAGAACAAACAUCUUUUGGUUAUGUCAUACAUGGGGAAAAUCAGAACAUGGACUGAUGACAUCAUUAAACCUGUGGAUUCCGUGGUGAAGAGGUAUGAACAACACAUCCAAAGUGUGGCAAUGUGUGCCAUUGAUGUGAUUCAAAUACAGAAAAUAAAAGAAAAAAAACUAGGUGAAACUUUAAAGAUAAAGAGUCUGGAGGAAGAAAUAGCCCAGCUUGAAGAGAAGAUAAGAACACAUAAAGAUGAUUGGACAACCAAAAUCCGUCUGACUGAACUUCAGAAGGAGUUGGGCCGUUACAGAAUGAAGCAGGGAGUGAUCGUCUACCUGAAGGAGGUUCAGAAGUGUCUUUCUCGAAUCAAGCAGAUUCUGGUUCAGCUUCAGAAGUUCUGGGAGAGAGUGCUAUCUCUGCUGGACACACUGAAAGACAAGACCCUUGUUGUGGACAAUCUCACUGAAGACCUGGAUGACCUGAAGGAGGAGUUUCUGACCUCCAUUGAAGCAGCAAGAGAGGACUGGAAGAAAUUUGGUGGAUCCUGUCGAAGUGCACAAGGUGUUUUCAGCAUUCAGUCUGAAGAUACGUAUAAGUUUCUGGAGAUCAAUCCGCCUUCACUCUCAGAGGAUGAACGUAAGAUGCUGUACGAGUCUGUCAUGGAGAAGCUGAAGCAGAUCAGCCCACAGUAUUCAUCCACAGAGUGAAACACAGAGAUCUGACGCUUCCUCUCACACAUUGAAAUGAUCCUUAUAAUGCAUGCACAUAUUAAUGCACACAGCUUCUCUUGUCAUUUUUGUAAUGCAUCUCUCUUAUCCAAGUUCAUUUACAAUACUAUUAUUUCUAUUUCUGGAUUGUGCUGUAUCUCUUGUUAGAUUGCUUUGCAUUUCAUUAUGGUGUAUCAUAUAAUCAUGUAAUCUGGUCACAUGACUAAUGUCACACAAUAAAAAUAUAUUACUGCA